AGAGCGCGCGAGAGGAGCGGGGGGCCGGCCGUGGCGUGGGAGGCAGAGCCUCGCAGGACGGCGCAGCAUGAACGGCGGCGUGGACUACCUCCUCUCUGAGGAAGCGAUCAAUCUCACCCGAGGACCUUCAGGCCUGGGAUUUAAUAUAGUUGGUGGGACUGACCAGCAGUACAUCGCGAACGACUCCGGCAUCUAUGUCAGUCGGAUCAAAGAAAAUGGAGCCGCUGCACUUGAUGGACGCCUGCAGGAGGGAGACAAAAUUUUAACAGUUAAUGGCAAAGAGUUGAAGAACAUGUUACACAAGCAUGUUGUGGAUCUGUUCAGAACCGCGGGUGACAAGGUAUCGCUAAAGGUUCAACACAGGCUGCUGCCUCAGAACGGUCCCUCAAGCCACCGAGGAGACGGAGAGCCCGGAGGCAUUCCCUUGGGUAUGAUUUUGGUACCAGGGCUGGCUGUAGCUGCGGCUGCCAUAUGGGCCUUCCUGAAGUAUCGGCAGCGGGUGUGACCACCACCACUUCUAGAAGACCUUGGUACAUAGAGAAACCUACGGAUCUCUGAAGUACUUUUCAAGAGAACAAAUCGACGAUCUUAUUCUGGACUGGCAUUGUGGGAGGGGGAGGAGAGAAUCGUUGCCCAAUGUAAAGUUGCUGCUGCUGCUGCUUAUGAUGUUGUGACUUCCAUGCUGCAUGGAGGUAAGAUGAUUGUUCAUGACCUGGGAUGUCCCACAUCACUGGCCCUGCGGAAGAUGGGUUAACCCUCUUCUGGUUUUCUUUUCUCGCCAUGAAUUCUCAUUUGCUCAGUGUUUUUAAGAGGUGGGCUGUGAUGCAUUACCUUGUACAGUGAGCCCCUCCUGACCAGUGGGCUUUCUGACAUCCUCUUUUUGCUGUCUGGCAAGCUGCUUCUGAAACUUGGGAGCCAUCUCUGGGUCAAUUGCCAGUAUAGCUGUGGUUUUCAUGGGGGCGAGAGUGGGACUGAGAUGCCCUGAUGUCUUUGCCUGUUAAAGGGGGGAUCUCUGGAUUGUAGCCACAGCCUCUAGCUGAGAAGGGGAAAAGGAGGCCUAGAUGUUUUUUGGGAAUUAAAUCAUAUUUGAGGAUUUGUCCUUACUUUCCUUUACAUUCUCUUAUAAUAACCCAGAGAUACGACCUUCCAGAACAGUAGUGGGAGAUGAAAAUAAUGAUGAGUAUAUCUGUCUCUUAAGGUCUUUUUAUUUGUGGGGGAUGGGUGGUGGUGUUCUUUUAAUGAUACGCCUUUAAGAAACAGAGUUUAAUUGAUGGCUUUCUAAUUGGAUGUUCCGGCUUCUGGAAAGUGUGGAAUACCUAGGCAAAAUGGCAGCCUGGUACUCUGCUAGAAGGCAGCAGCUUUCAGAUUAUUGAAAGCUACAUUGGGUUCGGAUAUUACUUUUUCCUAACUACCUAUGUAGAAGAUGAUGCACUAUGCUCCGGUUGGUCUGUCUGUGCCACUGCUUUCACGUUGAAACACUAAUGUUGAUCGGGAUUUUGUGAAAUGCACCUGCAGCUAAAUAUAGGGAAAUGGACAUGGUAGCAUGUUUCCAUUGUAGAAUUAAAGCUAACCUAAGCCAUAGCUGUUGUGCAGGAGAUGGCUGUGUUGCCACUGUGCGGCUUUAGGGGUGCUGUGGAUGAAAAUUUAUUGAAUGCACUGGCACAGUACAACUAGGUGUAGAGUAUCCUGACCGUUCUGUUGAACCUGUUAAUCUGUGCAGAUGGGCCAGAAGGUCAAUUUAAACUGAAGACCAGUGAGUGCAGACCAAGUGGAUAAAAAAAGAGGCCAGCUACUUGUGGUCCUCCAGAUGUUUUGGCCUGAGACUUCCAUGAUCCCGAGCCAGCAUAGUCAAUGGUAAAGGAUCACGGGAAUUGUAUGCCAAAACAUCUGGAGGGCCACAAGAGCCCCUCCCCCCAGGGAUAAAAUGUUCUCAGGUGUGCAUCCACCUUUGUACAAGUAUGCCCUUAACAUUUUUAGGAAGCAGGAAAAACAUUCUACAUUGGCCCAUCACACUUCUAAAGCAAGAGAUAACACCAAGUUCAACUGACAGCUUUUCUUGGAGUGAUGCAGGCAAAAUUCAGUGUUUGUAUCAAUUGGACACAAGCUGCAAUCGUCAAUCCAGUGUGAUGCAGUGGGGUUUCCUUCCAAGGAACUAUAUUUUGGUUUGAGCAGUCAGACUUGUUCGUACUCAGAUUGCUGAAGCACCAAGUAUGUCUUCCAAAUGACAAAGAGUAUGUGUUCAUGCUACACAUCCCUUGACCAGAGCGCCUGAACUGCAGCCUAUAAAUGCUCAGUGUGGUUUUUAAGCCACACGUCUGUGGACUUGUACAGUGAGGAAAUCUUCAUAUAAAGGAAAAUCUGUAAGAGGUUGUUGAGAUGGAAUUCCAAAGGAAAAACUGCAACAGCUUCAGUUUCAUAAUGGUAAACCUUCCCACGCUAAUUCUGUGGGAUCUUUUCGAUGAUUUGAGAUCACUGGAGUAACAUCACUUUCACUCUUCUCUAAGCAAAUGUGCUUUUGUACCUUGCAAAAGAAUAUUGUUGUGUGAGGUCUGUAUGAUGCCAAAAACAAAACAAAAAUCACACAUGCAAUAUAUGUAUUGAAACUUUAA